GCAAGUGAGCGCCUGUUCCGUUAGGGCUCGGGGAGCCACCUCAGCGCGACGGGAGGAGGCGAGUCUGGGAGGCACCCCCAAAGUGACUGCGAUGGAAGCCCGGGGGUGCGCGCGGUCCCGGCGGCCGCUGCCGGCGCUGCUGCUGAUCCUGCUGCUGCCGCCGGCCGCGGGCGCUGCAGGCGCUGCGGACGCGCGCUGGAGCGGGCAGGGCACCACCCCACACCUGCAGAGUAUCUUCCUGGGCCGGUGCGCGGAGUACAUUGCGGUGCUGAGCCCCGAGCUGCGGGACAAGAACUGCACAGCCAUCUGGGAAGCCUUUAAACUGGUGCUGGAUAAGGAUCCCUGUUCUGUGCUUCCCUCAGAUUACGACCUUUUUAUUAACCUCUCCAGGCACUCCAUUCCCAGAGAUAAGUCCCUAUUCUGGGAAAACAACCACCUCCUUGUCACCAGCUAUGCGGAGAACGGCCGCCGCUUUAUGCCACUGUGCAAUGUUCUGUAUGGCAUGGUUGGAGAUUUCUUGAGCUGGUGUCGACAGAAAAAUGCCUCUGGACUCGACUACCAAUCCUGCCCUACAUCUGAAGAUUGUGAAAACAAUCCUGUGGAUUCUUACUGGAAAAGUGCCUCCAUCCAGUAUGCAAAGGAUAGUUCUGGGGUGAUCAAUGUCAUGCUGAAUGGUUCAGAGCCAACAGGAGCCUAUCCUGUAAAAGGGUUUUUUGCAGAUUUUGAAAUUCCCCACUUACAGAAGGAUAAAAUCACACGCAUUGAGAUCUGGGUUAUGCAUGAAAUCGGGGGAACUAAUGUGGAAUCCUGUGGAGAAGGCAGUGUGAAAAUCCUGGAAGAGAGACUGGAGAAAAUGGGUUUCCAGUAUAGCUGUAUCAAUGACUACAAACCAGUGAAGCUCUUACAGUGUGUGCAACACAGCACUCAUCCUGACUGUGCCUUAAAUUCAAACCUUCAACGUUCCCUGCUACCGAGUCUGAACUUCUGGCUUGGCCUUCCUGGUUAUAAAAACCUCCUUCUAAACACACCACCCACUGCUCCCCACUGGAAACUUUCACUGCAGGCUUGGAUCCACUUCCCUGAAGACACCCUGUGCUUUCCUGCCCACAGUCCUGUGGACACUGACCCUUCUGGCCAUGAACAUCAACUCCAGGAGGACAGGGGCUUUUCCUUGUUCUGUUCGCUGAUGAAUGUGAUUCAAGAACCUAGGAGGGAGCCUGCAGCCUGGGCAGCAACCUCUACUCAAAGAGAAGCCCUGUCCCUUUAUGCAGAACGAAGUGCCAGCUUUGUCUUUCCUCUCAUAGUGGCUUUGGCUUCAGUUGCUCAGAUGUAAUAACUAGAAACUCAGCUAUGUUGCACUAAGCAGCCUGCAGUCCUGAAACCUGCCCUUGCCCAGUCAUCCUUCUUGUUCUGUGUACGCCAGGUGACUCCAUUGUCUAAAGAAGCUUCCUGCUGGGAAAACAAUGUCCUGAAAUGGGUUUUGAAUGAUAUACACGGUCAGGAUUUCAGAAAUUAAGCUAGUUCUAUUUAACCGGUUAAAACUACUGCAUUAACAAUUUGAUUGACAUAUAUACACUACUAUGUAUAAAAUAGAUAACUAAUGAGAACCGAUUGUACAGCACAGAGAAAAAGAACUACUGCAUUAGAAUUAAAGCUAGUUAUUAUUUUCUUAUUUUCAUAAUGAUACAACAUAUUGAGGCUCAGACUGUUUGUUAUAUAAGCAAACAUUUUAAGAAAAUUUUGGUAGAAUUGUAUGUAUAUAUAUUUAUAUUUUCUUAUACAACCAGCAGGGCACACUGCAUGUUUGUUGAUAGCUUCAAAUAUAUGUAUACUAUAUAAGUGUAUUCAUACAUGCUUGGUAGGCAAAGAGUUAUGUAUAAUGACAUCCAUUUAAGGCUUAUUUAUAAUGAGGGGGAACUAAACAUUCUACUAAUAGGGAACUCUUUGCAUAUGUUUUGGUAUAUCUGUAGGAUGGAAUAUUAUUCAAAUAGGAAAAGUUAUGUUUACCAGCCCAAAUGUCCUUCAUCUGGUGAAUGGAUAAACGAACCUUGGUAUAUCUAUACAGUGGAAUACUACUCAGCAGUAAAAAGUAACUAACUAUGGAUAAAUGCAGCAGUGUGGGCGAGGCUCAGUUGCAACAUGCCAAGUGAAAGAAGCCAGACCAGAAGGCUACAUACCGUAUAAUUCUGUUUACAGGACAUCCUGGAAAAGGUGAAACUAUAGGAAUGGAGAACUUUUUGGUUUCAGGGUUAAGACUAGGGGGAGGGGCUAACUGAAAAGGAGCAUCCUGAGGGAAUUUGAGGGGAGUGACAAGACUGUUCUGGAUCACUGGCUAUGGUGGUGGCGACAGGAAUCUAUAUUUGCCAACACUCAGAACUGUAUGCCAUAAAGUCAUUUCACUGUUUGUAAAUUAAAAAUUUUCAAAGAACAUUUCGUGACAUAGAAAAAUGCCAGCGAUCGGUGUAAGACAUAGGACAUAAAAGUGUUUAUACGAUCUAAUUGUCUAAAAUAUAAUACAAAUGUAACAUUGUGGAUGUAUGUUUGUAUUAUACGCAUAUUGUAAAUGAAUGAAAGGAAAAGAAAUAAGCCCAAGAGCGGAGCAGUGAUCUCUGGAGAAUGUUCUUAUUAGUGAUCCCUAUUCUUGACUUUUGACUUUUUGUGUUUUCCAAAUUUUCUCUAAUGAGCAUGCAUUACUUUUCUAAUCAGAAAAAGAGAAAUAAACACAUAC